CAGUGGAUUUUGCGGUGUGCGGAUGGAGUGUGGUGGGGUCAUUUUGGAGAGGAUUGUAGGCGUGGAUGGAGACUGCUGCGUGGGUUUCCCGGAUGGAGUAGCGACGCCAUCUUUACGCCAGUGCUACCGGUGGGUCUUCGGUUCAGCGGAGUGACGGGUGCUGUUGCUGAUCCACCACCAGGAAUCGCCGAGCAGCCGACAAUUCCUCCCUUUCCACCGGGACGCCACGAACAGCCCGAAUAACCCGAGCACCAUGGCAGAUAGAGAGAACUUAGUGUACCAGGCAAAACUCGCCGAACAAGCGGAGAGAUACGACGAAAUGGUGGAGUCGAUGAAGAACGUGGCCAGUAUGGACGUGGAGCUGACGGUGGAGGAGAGGAACCUGCUGUCGGUAGCGUAUAAGAACGUGAUCGGAGCCAGAAGAGCCUCUUGGAGGAUAAUCAGCAGCCUCGAACAGAAAGAAGAAAACAAAGGCGGCGAAGAUAAACUAAAGAUGAUCAGAGAAUACAGGAAAACGGUUGAGAAAGAGCUGAAAUCAAUCUGCAACGACAUUCUGGAUGUACUGGACAAGCACCUCAUCUUAGCUGCAACCACGGGAGAAUCUAAGGUUUUCUACUACAAAAUGAAGGGAGAUUACCACAGGUACCUGGCAGAGUUCGCCACGGGCAACGACAGGAAGGAGGCAGCAGAGAACAGUUUGGUUGCGUACAAAGCUGCUAGCGACAUCGCCAUGAUCGAACUCCCUCCAACGCACCCUAUUCGUCUGGGAUUGGCCCUUAACUUUUCUGUUUUCUAUUAUGAAAUCCUCAACUCGCCAGACCGUGCUUGCAGGUUGGCGAAGGAAGCGUUUGACAAUGCCAUUGCAGAACUGGAUACGCUGAGCGAGGAAAGCUAUAAGGACUCAACACUUAUCAUGCAGUUGCUACGUGACAACUUGACACUAUGGACCUCAGACGUGCAGGGAGACGGUGAAGAACAGAACAAAGAAGCACUGCAAGAUGCGGAGGACGAGGCCCAGUGAGACUGAACAACACAAGACAAACCUUUCCUCUCCUCCUCCUCCUCCUCCCUUAUUUCUCUCCUCCCAGCACUAGCUCCUGUCCCCAGCUACAGUUUUCAACUGGGUUUAUACUGCAGCCCUCUCUCUGUCUCUCUCUCUGUCUCUGUGUCUCUCUGUCUCUCUCUCUCUCUCUCUCUCUCUCUUUCUCAACCUUCUCCUCCAUUUCCUCCCAGCUGUCUCACCUUUUCUCCUCGUAUGCACGUCAUCUCCCAGUCCCCUCAGGGCCCAGUCGGGUCAUCAUUUCCACUUCCCCGGGGGUUUUACCUUUUUCUUUUUUUGUUUGUUUGUUUGUUUGUUUGUUCUUUUUUGAUGAGUCAGUUUGCAAGUCUGUAACCCUUUAAAGGUUCAUGUCCUCUUUUACUGUUUUAAUUUUUGCUUUACUUUGCUGUAUCAUCUGUUGCCAAGUACGCUUGCCUGUAUUUGUAACACACAUAUGCAAGAGUUUAUUUAAAGACAAUACUUUGCUGUUCAACUUGUUCCUGUGUAUGUGUGUUUAUGAACAAUUAUAAUGUCCAUGCCUCUGUCAGUCAUUUUUUUUUUAAACAAUUCAGUUUGCAAAUUGAGGAAAUAUAACGGUGACGGAAGGUUUAAAAGGGAUGCGUUAAAGCUUUUUAGGAAGAACUAAGUGCCCUCUUUACUUUGUGGUUACCAAAUCUGCUUCUUCCACACAUCAAUAGGUCUUUUUUUUUUUAAAAUGACAAACAGCAGAAUGUCCCCCCUUCUCCGAGCAUCACUCUGACCUCUUCUCUUGUCCACUCUUGGACCAAGUAUUGUGCUGAAAGGCUGUAGCGCUUUUGCUAAUGGCAGAUUGCUAGGUAAUGGCUUUUUAGCAGAUAAAAUGUGUGUAUGUGUGUGUGUGUGUGUGUGUCUGUGUGUGUGUGUGCGUGGGAGGGGAAUGCUCAACACUCUUUGAUUGUAAUGUAAUGCAGUUUUGCAUUGGCACCAUAUGGAGAAAAAAAAAAAAAAGUUUGGGAAAUAGAGGCCUGCUGUAUCUUACUCCCCUGACUCUUUCAGGUUUUCCUCGUCUCUACUCUCUGUCUCUUUCCUCUCAUUUCCUCUCUUCCUUCUGUUCAGUAUGUGUAACGUGAAUCUGAUUUGUACUACUGGAUAUUCUCACCGGAGCCACAAGUACCAUCUGUAUUCUUACUGAAACACAGCAUGGAAUUAACAUUAAACUUCAAAACUGAAAAAAUGUCAAAUUAA